AUGAUCAAAGCUGACGGCUCUAACUGCUCCCCAAAUGAUGGAGACAAAUCGGUCAAUCUGAGCGUCGUCGCCGGUGUCUUGGGGGUUGUGGCGCUCGUUGCCCUUCUUGUUCUGAUCGCUGUACCUCUUGCGAGACACCACAAGAAACGAAGGGUCGUCAAUGCCCGAGAAGAUCUCGAAAGCGGUUUCUUCGGGUCUCGGCGAUCGUCCGACCGUCAUCAAAAGAUGCAGCAUAUAGAGCACACUCUCGGACCGGACCUGCUUUUCCCCCUCAUCGAUCCUGCGUCUAAUAUUACCUGGUCAGAUCUCCGCUCGAAGCACUCGAAUACCGAAUCGGUAAACGAGGUUGAGUACUCCUUCCGCACCGAUAACGCGACCACCUCGCACGCUACGCUCAGGACAUCCUACGUGGACGAGAUGAGCCAGGACAUCGUUGACGCGCAUAUGUCGCCGUCGCGCUCAACGCAGGGUCCGACACCAUCGGGGUUUGCGUCCAGGAUAGACGCCAGCACAGCUACGGGAGGUGCUGCAUAUUCUUCUACGCACCCUGGGAGUGCGGGUCGACCGCUCAGUGCUAGUAUGUUCCCCCUCUCUCCCGUGUCUCCUGUCUUCGCAUCUGGCGUCGGCAGGAGCGCGAGCGGCCGUGCCAAACCCGCCGUGCAUAGACCAGGCAUGGAGCCACUCAUGGAGGACAGCGAUCAUCAGCCACAGUCGCGCCAACUGCCCUCGCCGCCCGCUUCGCCGGACCAGCCGCAGCCGCUUUGGGCAAGUAGCUCAUCAAGGCGGCGGCCAAGUGUGGCAGGCUCGCACUCAUCGUCGUCCGCACUCCCCUUUCGCCCACGCUCAUCUACAGGCCCGUCCUCCGUCCCUCUGACCGCCGCCUUCCAAACGAGUAUGCUACGAUCCUCGUACGCUUCCUCCUCGCAACGAUAUCCUUCUGUCGUAUCCUCGCCUCGCCCCGACUCGCGCGGGCGCGCCAGCUCUGUAGCUCUCGAGUCGGGCUCAGAAGGCCAGCCGCACGACACACGGCCGGUGGACGCGUCCCGCCGCAUGAGCGCCACGGACAUUCGGCACAGGCAUCCCACGGGUAUGGCUUCAGGCAGCGACGAGCCGCGUGCCCUCCUGCGACCAUCUAACGCGCUGCGCACCCCACAGUUGCAUGAGGCAGGGCCCUCUUCCUGGCAAAGACGCGAGCAAGUCGCAGCAGCGUCCUCCACCGCUCGCCCCGCAUCCCUAUCUCCCAUGUCGCAAUCGUCCGGGCGCCCGGUCUCUGUGGAUGCCGCUCGCUCGCCGUUGUCACCUGCAUUGUUGCGGCACCCGCAGCAAGACCAGACAUCCAGUCAACAACCACCACAGUCACCGCUCGUCCGGCGCAAGGACAGCCUUGCUCUCCGGCCGCUGCCGACGUCGCUGUUUGCCACUGCGCCAUCGCCAUCGCCAUUACUCUCACCUCCGUACAGGCCGCUGCCACGCACACCGAGCAGUACACGCACGCGGUCGCACAGCGUGAUGAGUGAGCGUUCCAUGCCACGACACCUGCCGCCGUUGGACCCGCUACCGCCCCUCGAGUUUGAAAGCGGCGUCGUCCCGAAGGGCGAUUCGCCCACGAACAGAUCAUGAACGUCUGUUGCCGUAACGAUGUCCUGCUGAACUCAGUCCUGUACAUCACGAGCGGCAGAAGGAACCGCGAUACCAUCUAUUUAAAAUGCAGGGUCUGCUUGUUGAUAACGUUUAUAUCGCUUUGUGUCUUGCGUCUGCUGUCCGUUUGCUAUCUGUAUUAUCCGAACCCCCAGAAUCUGUAUCAUACAUAGUAUAGUCACGUCUAGUACAAUGUAGAAUGAUAAGCAGGCAGACAUCA